GCAACUACAGUGGACAGCGAGGUUCUCCGAGUGACAGCUGUGGACGGAGACAGCUCCUCAGCAAACAACAUGCUGACAUACUCCAUUACACCGACUUCAGAGGACUUCACUGUGACCAACUCAGGGGCUUUUAUGUUGAAGAGACGUUUGAACUACAAUCUAGUCCAAAAAUACAACUUCCUCGUGACGGCCAAGGACAGCGGGGGUCUGAAUGACACGGCGACCGUGUUGAUCAACGUAGUCGACUUCGAUAACUUGAAUCCGUAUUUCAGCCACAACGUGUACCGAGCUUUUAUUCUGGAGAAUCAGGCUGGGCCUUUUCGCACCAUUGAGCCAGAAGCGAUAAAGGCUCAGGACGGAGACACUGGAAUCAACAUGACUUUAGCUUACAGCAUCAGUGCAGUGUCUCCAGACAAGUAUCGGACUAACUUUAACAUCGACUCCAGCAGUGGAGUUGUGUCUGUGGUGACCGCUUUAGACAGAGAGGAGAUGAACAGCAGCACGAUCUCUGUCAACAUCAAG